GCAAAAAUCAACCGCCCGAGCGCAAACCCGACCCGGCGACCGGCGUGCGUGCGCGGACAGAGCGAGAGAGAGAGAGUCGGCGGCGGUGACCGGCGGGGCGGCGAGAUGGCGAAGGGGUUCGCGUCGUACCUGGCGAUGAAGACGGGCCCGGAGGCCGGGGACGCGUCGGCGGCGGCGCAGGCGCUCAUCGACGCCGACCUGCGGGAGAUCGGCGUCGCCGCGCGGAAGCUCGCCAACCACGCCUUCGUCCUCGGCGGCGGGCUCGGCUUCGGCACCUCCUUCCUCAAGUGGCUCGCCUUCGUCGCCGCAGUGUACCUCUUGAUAUUGGACCGCACAAACUGGAAGACCAACAUGAUGACUGCUCUGUUGGUUCCCUACGUUUUCUUCACACUACCUCAUGUGCUGUUUUCUCUGAUAAGAGGAGAGGUAGGAAAAUGGAUUGCAAUUGUUGCAGUUAUUCUGCGGCUCUUCUUCCCACGCCACUUCCCAGAUUGGUUAGAGCUGCCUGGUGCUAUCAUCCUGCUCACAGUUGUCGCCCCCAGCCUCUUUGCGGACACCUUCAGGGGUCACCUGGUCGGCAUCUUCAUAUGCCUCGUGAUCGGUUGCUACCUGCUUUCAGAGCACAUCAAGGCGUCAGGUGGGUUCAGGAACGCCUUCAGGAAGGGCAAUGGCGUGUCGAACAGCAUCGGCAUCCUCCUGCUCUUCAUCUACCCUGUUUGGGCCCUGGUGCUGAACUUCCUGUAGGCACUAGUGCGUUGGUUGUUGUACCCCCUGUGCCAUGCAACUCCAUUCGCUGCUUGUUCAGUGUGCAGAUAUUUCCUCUAUGGUGAUCUUGUAUCAUCUGGAGGGGAUGCGUUAUGUAUGUUUGAGUUGCCCAGUUGGUGGACAGAUUUGUUGUCUUGUUUGUUGUAGUUUGAUGUCAGCAUUUGGUUCUUUGGAGUACAUAAAACACCAAUAAAAUCAUAAGCUGUGGCUUGAUGUAAAUCGAGAUGCUGGCCUACUCUCUCAUGUUAGUAUAUGUUGAAUUCCUGCA